AUGCCCAUGGACUCAUCAUAUCAGGGCCGCUUGUUUCCCGGUCUUUCCAUCAAUAUCCAACGCAGCAAUGGCUUAAUUCACAGUGCCACAGUAAGGACUGUGAACCUGGAGAAAUCCUGUGUUUCAGUGGAAUGGACAGAAGGAAGUACCACAAAAGGCAAAGAGAUUGAUUUUGAUGAUGUGGCUGCAAUAAACCCAGAACUCUUACAGCUUUUCCCCUUACACCUAAAGGACAACCUGCCCUUGCAGGAAAAUGUAACAGUCCAGAAACAAAAACGCAGAUCAGUCAACUCCAAAAUUCCUGCUCCAAAAGAAGGUCUUCGAAGCCACUCUACUCGUAUGUCCACUGUCUCAGAGGUUCGAAUCACCGCUCAGGAGAAUGAUAUGGAGAUUGAACUACCUGCAUCUACCAACUCCCGCAAGUUUUCAGUUCCCACGGGCCCCCCUAGGCCCUCCUGCCCUGCAGUGGCGGAAAUACCAUUGACGAUGGUCAGCGAGGAGGUGGAAGAGCAAGUUCACUCCAUCCGAGGCAGCUCUUCUACAAACCCUGUGAACUCAGUUCGGAGAAAAUCAUGUCUUGUGAAGGAAAUGGAAAAAAUGAAGAACAAGCGAGAAGAGAAGAGAGCGCAGAACACUGAAAUGAGAAUAAGGCGAGCCCAGGAGUAUGACAACAGCUUUCCAAACUGGGAAUUUGCCCGGAUGAUUAAAGAAUUUCGGACUACUAUGGAAUGUAAUCCACUUAAUGUGACUGAUCCUAUUGAAGAGCACAGGAUUUGUGUGUGUGUGAGGAAACGCCCUCUGAAUAAACAAGAAUUGGCCAAGAAAGAAAUUGAUGUGAUUUCCGUUCCUAGCAAGUGUCUCCUCCUGGUACAUGAACCCAAAUUAAAAGUGGACUUAACAAAAUAUCUAGAGAACCAAGCAUUUUGCUUUGAUUUUGCAUUUGAUGAAACAGCUUCAAAUGAAGUUGUCUACAGGUUCACAGCAAGGCCACUGGUACAGACAAUUUUUGAAGGAGGAAAAGCAACUUGUUUUGCAUAUGGGCAGACAGGAAGUGGCAAGACUCAUACUAUGGGUGGAGACCUGUCUGGUAAAGCUCAGAAUGCAUCCAAGGGGAUCUACGCCAUGGCCUCCCGGGACGUCUUCCUCCUGAAGAAUCAGUCCCGCUACCGGAACCUGGGCCUGGAAGUCUAUGUGACAUUCUUCGAGAUCUACAAUGGGAAGCUGUUCGACCUGCUCAAUAAGAAGGCCAAGCUGCGUGUGCUGGAAGAUGGCAAGCAACAGGUGCAGGUGGUGGGGCUACAGGAGCACCUGGUUAACUCAGCCGAAGAUGUUAUCAAGAUGAUCGACAUAGGCAGUGCCUGCAGGACUUCUGGGCAGACAUUUGCCAACUCCAACUCCUCCCGCUCCCAUGCCUGCUUCCAGAUUAUUCUUCGAGCCAAAGGGAGAGUGCAUGGCAAAUUCUCUUUGGUGGAUCUGGCAGGAAACGAGCGAGGUGCAGACACUUCCAGUGCUGACCGGCAGACCCGCAUGGAAGGCGCUGAAAUCAACAAGAGUCUCCUGGCCCUGAAGGAGUGCAUCAGAGCCCUGGGACAAAAUAAGGCUCAUACCCCAUUCCGUGAGAGCAAGCUGACACAGGUCCUGAGGGACUCCUUUAUCGGGGAGAAUUCAAGGACUUGCAUGAUUGCUAUGAUCUCACCAGGCAUAAGCUCCUGUGAAUAUACUUUAAAUACACUAAGAUAUGCUGACAGAGUCAAGGAGCUGAGUCCCCACAGUGGGCCCAGUGGAGAGCAGCCAACUCAAAUGGAAACAGAAGAGAUGGAAGCCAGCUCUAAUGGGCCGCUGAUCACAGGCAAUAAUUUCUCCAAAGAAGAGGAGGAACUAUCUUCCCAGAUGUCCAGCUUUAAUGAAGCCAUGACACAGAUCAGGGAGCUGGAGGAGAGGGCCAUGGAAGAGCUCAAGGAGAUUAUUCAGCAAGGACCAGGCUGGCUUGAGCUCUCUGAGAUAUCUGAGCAACCAGACUAUGAUCUGGAGACCUUUGUGAACAAAGCAGAAUAUGCUGUGGCCCAGCAAGCCAAGCACCUCUCAGCCUUUCAAGAUGUCAUCAAGGCUUUGCGCCUGGCCAUGCAGCUGGAAGAGCAGGCUAGCAAACAAAUGAACAGCAAGAAACGGCCCCAGUGACAACUGCAAAUAAAGAUCUGUUUGGUCUUCACACCCAGCCUCCACUCUGCCCCUCCC